UCUGGUCCAUGAUCUGGAUGUAAAUUCACCAGUGACUGUCUGUGCUGUCAAUGGGUUAAUGUGAUAGAGCUGGUCUGGAAUGAAACCCAGGUGCUCUCCAGAGGCUGGACAGAGUUGUGUGUACAUGUGUGGGUCGCCUCUGCUCUUCGGAUAAGAUGAAAAAAAAAAAAAGGAUUUCCAAAAUAUUUAACUAUGUUCCUCCUGGCGCCCAAAGAAGAUUAUUUUUUAAGAGCUUAUAUCGCAGGCCUCAGGUAAAAGUCUUUGUGUUUGUAGCUGCUGCUGUCUUAAUCUGAAUUCUGGUGAGCCUCUCCUCAAACUUUUUGAAAAAAAAAAAGAAAGUGAUAUUUUGGGUUUGAAUAUUAGGCCUACAUUUGAAUGUUUUGAUGAAACGUACCCUUGUGUAUUCAGAUGUAUUUAUUCAGUCUGUGAAGUAGCUGAUUGGACUUUGUUCAAAAUAUGUAAGAAUAACUUGAAAAGACAUCUAAAAAAUGUUGAAAGUGUGGCGUUUUCUGAAGCAUGCUAAUUCCUCCCCACAUUAUAAUAAUGGCAUGUUGGUCUGUCACAGCUAUCACGUUAUUGUCACCAGAUGAAGAUCACUUCUGAAUACUUGUGAUAGUUGCAUUACGACACGUCAGAGCGUAAACAAUGUGCCAGAGGAGUCUUCAAAUGUUCAGCUGUUGUCUUCAGAGAGAAGUUGACGCGGUGAGAUGAAAUCUGAUUGGAAUGAAAACAUUUGCCUCUUUUUAUGUGUAACUGUUGUUUCUUUGCUUUUAGCGCUGCAGAAGAUAAACCAGGAUGGUAACACACGGUUGGUAACCAGCUUCAGUUCAACAACGGCCAGAAUCACUCCACGCUCUUCUCCUGAACAUUGACGACCAACCCUCAGCCAUGUCUAACAUAAACAGUGCGCUUUGCAUUGAGAACAUCCAGAACGCAGAAGUGGCUCUCUUACAGAAGGAUAAUCUGUCCGAUGGUGGAUUAAGCCAACUUUUGGAUUAUAACGCAGAAAUGGAAAGGUACCGGUCUUUUGCAAACUUUUACAAAGCCAACGGGGCAUUUCCACAGAAUGCCAAGAUUGCCCGCAUCACAACGCCCAUUUUUCCCAGUGCUAGAAUUGGCAUGUCCCCUUGGAACUGCGAUAACGCCAUGCUCUGGGGAAGGAAAUCAGCGGCAAUAAACCCUAAUAGGACCAGCAUGCAUAGAAAUGACUCCCAGAGGCCGGGGAAGCCUGGCGUGCUGCCAGAGACGCUGCAAAUGGCAAAUAAUAAUUUCCUCUCUACCUUAUCCCCCGAACACUGCAGACCUUUAGCAGGAGAAUGCAUGAACAAGCUGAAAUGCAGCGCUGCUGAAGCAGAGAUAAUGAAUCUCCAAGAACGCGUUGGAACUUUUUCCGCUAUUCCGGCUUUAGGGGGCAUCUCAUUACCUCCCGGGGUCAUCGUCAUGACAGCCCUUCACUCCCCCGCAGCCUCAGCAGCCGUUACAGACAGUGCGUUUCAAAUUGCCAAUCUGGCAGACUGCCCACAGAAUAAUUCCUCGGCAUCCAGUGGAAACCCAGCGAAGAAGAAAAGGAAAAGGUGUGGGGUCUGUGCGCCCUGCAGGCGUCUAAUCAACUGUGGUGUCUGCAGCAGUUGUCGGAACCGCAAAACGGGCCACCAGAUCUGCAAGUUCAGGAAAUGCGACGAGCUGAAAAAGAAGCCAGGCUCAUCGCUGGAGAGGACGCCGGUCAACACUGGCGAAGCUUUCCGGUGGUUCUUCUAGAGAGGCGAGCCACAGCCGCCCCACCCGGCAGCACGAGGGCAGGUGGGACUCUUGACUCUCUGCCAGGAGCACUCGACAGGUUCACAGGACCCAACGUGCUCGGCACAUUCGGAGAGGACGAGAGAGGAAAAAGGGGGACAGACGAAAAAGAUAAAUGAAAACAUAACGGUGUUGUUUUAACUCUGUAAUUUCCUUUUUUCUGUGUAAUUAUUGUACCUUUUGACAGUAUCAUAAUGUAUAUUUUCGGUGUCUAUGAAUGUGUUUUCAGUGUUGUGGCUGUAGGUUCACAGCCAAUCCUAUGUAAAGGACUCAAAACAGACAAUCAUACAAUCAUCCUGAAUCCGUCAAACAGAAGAGGCCACAAGGAUUGAUGACAUGACGAAACACAACACACUUACUCUGGAGCAAUAAUCUAUUCUGUUGAUUACUCUUCAACCUUUCAUUUCUUUUGACUCCUCAACGAUUAUAAUUUUUUAUUUUGGUUUAUCAAACGAAAUCAUCCUCUGGUUUUGUCUCUUAUUCCAUCUGAGAAGCAUGUAUUGAAAUGUCUCGCUGGCCGUGUGGCGUGACUCGCCGAGAGCAACAGACGUGCAGGACGGCAGCAGAGCGUCUGUGAUGGCAGCAGAGCGUCUGUGACGGGCUUGUUGACUUGCUUCCUCGUGACUCGUCUGAGUGGACUCGCUGCAGAACAGGGCACAUUGUCCUGUGCGGGGAGUCGCACCCUUUUGAAAUCUACUCGUCAUUCUGUUGUGACAGCACCUGGAGGUGGUAUUUUCAAAAAAUGGUGUGAGAACAUGUUUUUAACUAAUCUACUUUAGUCAUCAAACCUUUUUUAGUUUUCUUCAGUUUGGAUCACUAAAGCUUGUUUACUGUCUAAACGGUAGGGAGUAAUGCCAGUAAAGGAACUGUAGGUUAUUUUGAACACAUUCAAAUUUAGAAUUAAUGCCAGAAUACGAAACAGUUCUUACUCCUGCAACAGUAAUGUUAAAAACAUUCCAAAAACUAAAAUUAUUCAAUAAGUUACUCAUUGUCUUAAAACCCUAUUGUUGCAUGUGUAAAUGUGUUUUGGUUUUAAAGAUUACUAAGAAUUUGUAUA